AUGGGAUCCGAAACCUCACUACCUUUGGGCCCAAAGCCCAAAUCUGCAGUUCCUUCCUAUCUUCUGAACGGCUUAUCUUCCGAUCGCAUGCCCAGCAGUAAGCGCGAGAGAGAUAGUCUCAAUUCUUCCAUAAAAACAUCUUUUGCACGAAGACAGAUCUCUAACGAGGAUAUCGGUGAGAAUGGCACCUCACCGCCGACACGCACUGCCGGCGCCAGUGCCCUUGAGAGCAGAGAUAGCGGGCGGCUUUUGGAGAAGCAACCUGAUGGCACUGGAAGCACAAAGCGAAAUAUCAGCGAACCUCCGCGUGAUCCUAGGGAUCACAUUGUCCCCACUCCUAUUGUCAGUCGACCUGCCAGCCCGUAUACCCUAAAUCCGCCUAUCGAUUUCGAUGGGCUUAGUUGGCCUAGCAUUGGGACAAGGGAGCGACUAGAAUCCACUCCAGAAGAAACAGAGGAAAGAAUUCAAAAGCUUGCGGGAGCUGUUCGAACCAUAUUCGAAUGCAUUGGCGAAGAUCCAGAACGAGAGGGAUUACUUGGAACCCCAGAGAGAUAUGCGAAGGCAAUGCUUUAUUUUACCAAGGGAUACGAGGAGAAUGUCCGGGAUUUGGUGAACGGCGCUGUCUUUCACGAAGAUCAUGAUGAACUUGUGAUUGUGAAAGAUAUUGAAGUUUUUUCUCUCUGUGAGCAUCAUAUGGUUCCUUUCACUGGAAAGAUGCAUAUCGGUUACAUCCCCGAUCGCAGGGUCCUCGGAUUAUCCAAACUUGCUCGACUAGCCGAAAUGUUUUCUCGGCGCCUCCAGGUUCAAGAGCGACUGACAAAGCAGGUUGCCUUGGCUAUUGCUGAAGUGUUGAAGCCCCAGGGUGUUGCCGUCGUUAUGGAAUCGAGCCAUCUAUGCAUGGUGAUGCGUGGAGUUCAGAAGACUGGCAGCACCACCACUACUAGUUGCAUGCUUGGCUGUAUGAGAUCAAGCGCGAAGACUCGGGAAGAAUUUUUGAGCUUGCUGAACCGAAAAUAA